UUUCAAUCAGGUUGUUUCAGGUAAUCUUUUGCCGCAUAGUCUGCCCUAGCUGACGCUGUGCAGAGAAUACUACGAUUGGAAACGGUUGGUUAGACCCGUUCGCACUGCACAAGAAAGCAAGAUGGACCGUAGUGAUGAGAGAAUCAAAAGAGCUUUAAGGCGCCGCCCUUAUGUGUUGAAUCCAGUGAGGGUGAACACCCCUGAUUCUGUGAUGUGGCCAACCGGUAAGGUGCACAGAAGACCAAGGCCUUCUACUUCAGCGCAGACCCCUCAGAUCCACAAAAGGCCUCCAAUCAUUGAGAGCUGUGGGCAGGAACAGACAUCUGGGGAUGGACGGGACAUCAAUCCAGAGCCUCUCAGCCAGUCUGGAAGGGUGACUCGGCUGAUGGAGAGAAAUUAUGAUGGGGUCAUCUCAUCCUCCAACUCUGAUGACAUCUCUAUCUACUCCUUCACUGACUGUGAAUCUGAGUCUGAUGAUGAGGAUCAUGAAAGGAGGACACCACCGCUGAUAGUGAAGGAUGAGGAGGAUGGAAAGGUGACAAAGUUUGAAGUGAGGGAUAUGGUAGAGGACGACAAUCUGUCUCUCCACUCCUUGGAUGAAUCAGACUUUCUGAUUAUUGUGGCCAAGCCCAACAUCCUUCUCCCUGCCUCUGUGAGUGCCCUGAAGAAGGCAUCACGCCUGACGGAGUUGGUCCCUACUGUCCGGCCCUGCAAGGAGCAGCAGGACAAGAAGACACAGUGGACCAACACCAACAAGGAGAGCCUGAGGAGGAUAAAAAAAAACUGGCCUCCAUAGAGCUCGACCUGGAGGAAGGCCUGAAGAAGGUCAAUGACGGUCAGGACGUCAACCAAGAGAGGCAGAAGAAUGAGGGAUGCUUCAGAGCCUGGAUUGAGAAGUGGAUGGGGAGGAGGAAGGAGGAAAGACUGAGGGAUGAAGAUGUGAAUAGGGAAGACAAAGGGAGGAUGGGCGAAGAGGUGAGGGCACUGAUCCAAGUGAUGAAGAGAAACUGCAGUGAACGUGAUCUUGAGGCAGUAAACCUGGACACUUGGCUGAAUGACUUGGAAAGGUUGAAAGUGGCCUUCAAGAAAUGCACUGGAGAGAUGGCCAAAAUGAGCCCAGGGAAAGUCUCUGGUCCUGUGUCUGGCCUCUCUCCUCUUGUGACCUCAGGACCCCGGACCCUGGCUGAAGCCCCUACGGGCCCUGCCCUCUGCUGUGGCCCGUCCCUCCCAAAAGGAUGUCCCAAAGCCUCCGACACCUCCAAGCCCCGUCUCUGUCAUUGUUGCUUUGCCUGCUGUGGAGUACUUACCAUACCACCGCAGCCCUCGCCUGGCCCCAAUCACCAACCUGAGUGAGAACGGCAGGAAGCUGCUCCAGAAAAUGUCAGGAGUGACCCCACAGGAAGGGAAGGUCAAAAGGAAAAGAGCAAGGGAAAAAAGCAAGUGAAGAAAGAGAAGGCCAGCAAGAUGCAGCAGGUGGAAAAUGUUGGAGAAAGUAAGGAGGACAAGAAAGAGGAAAAGAAGAGUCUGAGGAAGAG